CCGCGUGGGAGCGGGGACGUCAGCCACUGGGGUGGUUGGGGCGGAAUAGCCAGGGGAGCUAAGGCAGUCACCCCAGAAGGUGAGCGACUUUGGGGGAGUUGGUGCCCCGCCCCCUAGGCCUUGGCGGGGUCAUGGGGGCCCCCCAUUCUGGGCCGGGGGGUGUGCGAAUCGGGGCCCUGCUGCUGCUCGGCUUUUUGGAACUGGUGUCUGGGCUCAGCCUAGAGCCUGUCUACUGGAACUCGGCGAAUAAGAGGUUCCAGGCAGAGGGGGGUUAUGUGCUGUACCCUCAGAUCGGGGACCGGCUAGACCUGCUGUGCCCCCGGGCCCGGCCACCUGGUCCCCACUCCUCUCCCAAUUACGAGUUCUACAAGCUAUACCUGGUAGGAGGGGCCCAGGGCCGGCGCUGUGAGGCACCCCCUGCCCCAAACCUCCUCCUCACUUGUGAUCGGCCAGACCUGGAUCUCCGCUUCACCAUCAAGUUCCAGGAGUACAGCCCUAACCUCUGGGGCCAUGAGUUCCGCUCGCACCAUGAUUACUACAUAAUUGCCACAUCGGAUGGGACCCGGGAAGGCCUGGAGAGCUUACAGGGAGGUGUGUGCCUAACCAGAGGCAUGAAGGUGCUUCUCCGAGUGGGACAGAGUCCCAGAGGAGGGGCUGCCCCCCGAAAGCCUGUGUCUGAAAUGCCCGUGGAGAGAGACGGAGGGGCAGCCCACAGCCUGGAACCUGGGAAGGAGAACACACCAGGUGACCCCACCAGCAAUGCAACCUCCCGGGGUGCUGAAGGCCCUCUGCCCCCUCCCAGCAUGCCCGCAGUGGUCGGGGCAGCGGGGGGGCUGGCGCUGCUCUUGCUGGGCGUGGCAGGGGCUGGGGGUGCCAUGUGUUGGCGGAGACGGCGGGCCAAGCCUUCGGAGAGUCGCCACCCUGGUCCUGGCUCCUUUGGGAGAGGAGGGCCUCUGGGCCUAGGGGGUGGGGGAGGGAUGGGACCUCGGGAGGCAGAACCUGGGGAGCUAGGGAUAGCUCUGCGGGGUGGUGGGGCCGCAGAUCCCCCAUUCUGUCCCCACUAUGAGAAGGUGAGUGGCGACUAUGGGCAUCCUGUGUACAUUGUGCAGGAUGGGCCCCCCCAGAGCCCCCCAAACAUCUACUACAAGGUAUGAGGGAUCCUCCCAUCAGCUCUCCUGGAUCCAGCCCUUCAUGGGGUGGUCCCUCCAAUUGAAUUUGUGGUUUGAGGGCUGCCUCCAGCAUCUCCUUGGCCCCCUUUGCCGCACCACCUCCAUUGUCCCUCCUGGCUAUUCCCCUGUUCUCCACUUUUAGGAUUCCUUAAGGCUCCCACUUAACCACCUCCUGCCCUCCUGUCUGGCCAUGUGUGCCCCUCUCUGUGUCUGUAUUCCUGGGUUCUGUUCCCUUGAGGAGGGGAGCAGAAGCUCAGCCUCCACUUCUGAUCAUGACCCAGGUGUCCUAGCCUCCCUCAUCCACUGAGAGUUGGGGUAGGAACAAGUCUGUCUUUUGGUUGGCAUCUCUUUCUGCCUCUCACUGUUUUUCUCUUCUUUUUUCUCCCUCUCUUUCUAUCUCUUGUUCUCUUUAUCUUUCUUCUGUCUCUAGGUCUGUUCCUCUUCCUUAGCACCCUCCUCCUUCCAUCUCCUUUUACCUUCUUGGCUUCUUAUCCUGUGCCUCUCUCAUUUCCUGGGUGGGGACAUCAAGCCAUGUCUCCUCUCAGCUCUUGGCCCCUCUUCCGACCUCUCUUACCAACCACUCCCCUCAGCCCGCCAAAAAUGGGGGCCUUACGGGGAAGGCUCUGGCUCCAUCUCAGUGCAGGGCACGGGCAGCAGGGCCUCCUCUGCCCUGCCCCAGGCCUCUCCAUACUUGCUCCAUCUAUCUGGGGUGGUUGGGUCACAACAGCUACCAUGAGAAGUGUCCCAUUCUGUCCAGGAGUGGCCAAUGACAAGAUAUGAACCAGUCAGGACAUGUAUGGACUUGGUCUGAUGCUGAAUGGACCACUUGGGACAGGAAGUGACUUGAUCCAGACAAGAAGUGACCAGGCUGGGACAGAAAUGGCCUGGAAAGUGGCAGAAGCAGUGCAGCAGGAACUGGAAGUGCCUUCAUCCAGGACAGGAAGUAGCACUUCUGAAAUAGGAAGUGGUCUGGCUGGAACUCAA